AUGAUGGCCACCAAAGUCAAGUCUCAUCCGCUCAAUGGCGCGCAUACAGCCGGCAUCUUCUCCGACAUGAGCAUCGACGGCCCCGAGAUCGGCACCCUUGUCAUCAUUGUCGACAGAGCAAAGAACCUUCCUAACAGGAAGACAAUUGGGAAGCAAGACCCGUAUUGUGCGGCCCGGCUCGGAAAGGAGGCAAAGAAGACCACCACCGACAUCCGAGGAGGACAGACUCCCAGAUGGGACCAAGAACUCCGCUUCACCGUCCACGACUCUCCAGACUAUUACCAGCUCAAGGUCUCGGUGUUCAAUGACGAUAAGAAGACAGAUCUCAUCGGCGAGGCCUGGGUUGAUCUGAGAGAUAUUGUCGUCUCAGGCGGAGGGCAGAACGAUUUGUGGCAGAACCUGAGCUGCAAGGGCAAAUAUGCCGGAGAGAUCAGGAUUGAGCUUACCUACUAUGACACAAGGCCCAAGCCUGACAAGCCCGCCGCGAAGCCCAAGCCGGUCGCCUCAGAAAUGGACGCCCCAGACACCGCCUAG